AAGCUAUAAAGAAUGUGGUUGUAACGACGGCCCUUUUGACUUUAAUUUAGUCAUCAUUCUCAACAUGUUUAAAAUCUGUAUGUGUACUUGUCUUCUCCUCGGUUUGACGAUUGUGGAGAUGAAGGCUCUCAAAGUAACGGGCCAUGUUGGUGAAAAGGUGACAUUUAAAUGUUGUAACUGGAAAACUUGGACGAAAAUACAAACUAAUGUUAAGUAUCUUUGUGAAAAACCAUGCAAACAAGACAAGCACAUCAUCAUCAAAGCAGCAUUUAGUAUGACUGAGAAUAAGGACAGAAUACAGAUAACAAACGUAGAUGAUUGUUUGUUGGUGACUUUCAUGGAUCUCAAAUUGUCAGACUCCAAAACAUAUGAUUGUGGAAUGGAGCGAUCUAUCUGGGAUUCAUUUAUAGAGGUGAAUCUUCAAGUUAUUGAUGGUCCGAUAACCUCUGUUACAACAACUACAGCUGGUUUGACAUCAUCAUUUCCUGUGACAACAACAAGCACCAUGUCCUCAAGAUUGGAUAUGACUACAAAUUCAGGAAGUGUACCGUACCUGAUUGUAGGUUUCAUUGUGACGAUAGUUUCACUGAUUGUCCUGUUGCAGCUUAUAAGGACUAUGAAGAGACAACAUAAAGUGGUUGGAAGUUUUCCUGCUCAUUAUCGACGAGAUAAUGCAGAUGUCGCUGAUAUCCAAUGAAGGAGAGAAGGAAGAAGAAGAAUUGUCAUAGAAGAAUAAGCCCUUGCACAGACUGGUCUGGAAGACAGCAUGGAAGCACAAUGAUAGGCACUGGCUGGAAUAGUGUACUCAGACAUCUGUAUCAGGUAUGGGAUGGAGGUCCCAAAGUCAAACAGAAAUUCUUCCAAAGGUGAAGGACAAUGGCAGAGCUGAGAUCCAGUGGGACUUCCAGAUCCAGACUUACAAAAGUAAUGAAAGAUACUGUGGUGGUCAGGCCUGCAACAGAAAACUGAAAAGAUGUGACAAGUGAAGCCAACAGUGGCGCCAAUGGUAAUCAGAUCACUGGGUUAUGAUAUCAAACUGUAAGUAGCUUCGAUCGAUCCCAAGUUUCUUGGACAGCUGUUGAUUAUAAACUCAUAAGCUUGCUAUAAUUGUUGAUAUCUUAAACUUCUUUCUUGAUUUAAAUGACUGACCAAUUUUGGCCGUCCAUAUAAAUCCCAGUAAUAGCCUGGACCACCUCAUGUAAUUUCAGCCAUUUCUGUAAAUUCAAUGAAGUGUUUUGCUCAGUGGGGAAGCUUGCUAACUGUAAAAUAAUUUAACUAAUUUUAUGAUGUUGUUCAGUUGCUUGUUGUCUAGUAAACAUUGAGCUUGACUGGUGCAAUUACUUAUCCUUGCUCUACUUUGAAAAUAAUCACAAUUUAGUCUUAUUUUCUUGUGUUCUUCUUUUCUCAUUUCUUUAAUAUUUCUCACAAAAAGAAUUCAAGUGAAAUAAAUGUGCUACUCUACUGAUGCAGCAAAAGGAAACGUUUUCCAAGUCUUUAGGCUAAAUUGAAUAAGUGAUUAUUUUAGUUAAUAAUUUAUAUAAUUUUAUGAGUCAAAGACAUCUAUUGGUAUAUUUGUUUCACACCAAUAUUGUCCAAACAGUAAAAAAGUUUGCACUACAGCACAAUCAUCAAAAUCACAAAAAUCUGCUAUAGUGAGACUGUACGAGAAGUUUUAACUUAACAACUUAAAUUCAUCAAUUUAAUGAAAACUUGAAGGAAAAUAUUGCCAUUGUGGAUGAUUCAGAAUUGAUGUACAAAUUGUUAAAAAUUUGAUUAUGUAACUGAUAACACAAUUUUGAAAGACACAAAAGGGGGAACAGCAGAAGUGCAGCACCCUGACAGUCUACGCACACAACGGAUACGGUCGCUGAGCAUGAAAUCCAACAGCACCUUAUGGGCGGCUCUUCCUUUGCUUGGAAAGUCCAGUUUGUUUGUGGAAGCAUUAAUUUGCAAACUGAUGCAGAUCAAAGAAGUGAACUCUGGUCUGCCAACAAAAGCAGAUCCCAGUCUUCUUCAAGAGACCCACAUUCAGGAAGCGGCCUAAAACACAAAGGGCAUUGUAGAUAAACAAAACCAAAAAAAAUGUGCAUGUAGACGAUGGAUGGCUCUGGCCAGGAGAAAUGGCUCACAGUCAGCACAACAAAGUACAUGAAACCGCUAGAUCACUAGGAUCUGAUGUCGCUCCAUGUUUUGCUGUUUUGCAGUUGAAACAGAAAUUUUCCUAAUAGAUUAAAAUCUUUCCUUGUUGUGUGUUAUACUGAUAGAUUUGGUAUUGACCCAUAAGUAAGUUGAUCAAGUUAAUGAAAAGGUAGAAUAGUUGAUACAUAGACCAAUACUGAUACUUUUUCAUAGAGCUUUUCAAAAAUUCAUGUGUAAAUACAUAAACUGACUUGUGGAAUUAACAAAUAAUUUUAUUAUUAUUAUUAUUAUUAUUAUUAUUAUUAUUAUUAUUGUUGUUGUUAUUAUUAUUGUUGUAGUUGGUGUUGUUGUUGUUGUUAUGAUUCAUAGACAAGAAAGAACGAAAAAAGUUAUUAUUCAUGACAUAAAAAUCUGAAUUUGGCAUUAUCUCUGUAUGGGAAGCUGAUUGUGGGCAUAUAUGUGCCUUGUUACAUUACACAUACUGUAUGUAGUCAUGUACAAAAAGCCUCCCAGAAAAUGAAGAAAUGUUUCACCUCUAAACAUUUUCACAAGUGAUGCACAGCUGUCCAUGUGUCCUCUGCAGAAAAGUGCAGAUGUAAAUGGUUAAUGGUGGUUUUGUUUGUUAAAUUAUUUAUUUUAGGCUUAAAAUAAAUACAAAGAGGAAAAACUAAA